GGCAGUGCGGUGCUUCUGGACUACCGGAGCGAAAAGGCCUAACUGAGAGCCGUCUGAUGGAUCUUCUCCACGGUUCUGAAUACGUGGUUACUUAUGAAGACAAGGAUGAAGAUUGGAUGCUUGUUGGUGACGUCCCAUGGGACAUGUUCACCGAUACGUGUAGGCGAUUAAGGAUUAUGAAAGGUUCCGAAGCAAUUGGCCUAGCUCCGAGGGCCAUGGAGAAGUGCAAGAACCAAAACUAGCUCAAAAUAUCAGCAGG